UUAUUAUUAGUACGCACGUUCUAAUUAGGUGUUCAAGCCCAAAGGGCUGGUAUUGUUUCUGUUUGCCAGACCAAACAUCAUUAGUAAUUUGCACUGGAGGAUGAAGAUGAAGAGAGCACUGUUGUGGAACAUUCUCUCCAACCAAAGUUUUAAAAAAAAAAACUUCCAGAGACGAGGAGUUACGGAUAUCAAAAGAAAUUAAACGUUAUUCAAGACAAAUAAAGUGAGACCUCUGCAGACAAGUCUAAAUUAUGCAAUUACAAACAGGCAUUUUUAUACCUUUCUGAGCUAACAAGCUCAUCUUAGGUGUGGUUUUACCUUUUUUCCUUAAAAAAAAAAAAACAAAAACCCACAACAAUUCAGCCUCUUUGACACAAUUAAUUACUUCUGCUCAUAGCUGUUUUAUAAUUGUGGUGUAGGAUCAGUUAGCUGUUUUUUUUUUAUUUAUUUUAUAUAAGUUUCACUCUGACGGAGUUUUCCUUUUUCUUCCUCUGACCAAAACUCCCCUCCUUUAUAUCUGUCCUCCUUUCCUGCGGUCCUAACUCCACACUUGGUAAUGGGCCUCAAGGUUGUUUACUUAUUCUCCUUUCCUUUGAAUCGUCUGACCAUCUCUUGAGUAAUGGUAUCCAAAAAGGUGCUGUAUACCCUUGUUUGGUAGAACUCCAACAAAUUCUCAGGGUGAUGGUCUUCUCCUGUUGACUUGGAACUGUACUUACACCUUGCAGGUAUUUUUCUGGGUCUUGUCUCACCAGGUAUUCUGUCAGGAACCUCAAUUCCAGCAGCCUCAGCCUGCUCCUUUGCUUUUUCCAAACACAACCUGAGGUCCUGAAGCCUUUUAAAGACUCCUUCCAUCACUGUAUGACACUGCCAGAUCCACAUCUUUACAUCAGCUGAAGAGCAUCUGAUGCAACAGCAGUCUCCUGAAACACUGGUGUGGCCACCUCCAAGCAAAGCGUAAACUGAAACAACAUUAGAGCAUCGCUUGCAGCUGGAUCAGGUGGAUUGCUGUCUGACAUUUUUUUUUCAACAGCUGCAUAGUUGCAUAACACAAAGACUUUCUGCAGUACCUUUAAGGCAUUUUCUCGACAGGCCCAGCGUGUGCCAGUCAGCCAUUUUUAGUCGCAUAACCUGCUUUCUGGAACACUCCUCAGGAUAGCAGACUCUGUGCUUUGUAGUUUCUCGGUUACAUAACAAGCUGUAAGGGUUUACUUCAUUGUUAACUUGAAGAGAGGAAACACGGAUGAUGGUGAUGGAACGACUGUUUAAAGCUUCUAGAACAUACCGUGAACACAAACUAAUUUGUUUCGUGGACGUUCCACUACUAUAAAACAGAUCAAAAUAUGAUGCUCUUUAAUAAACGAAACAUUGUCAUCGUUCUCUAAAUUGCUGUUGUGUAAGAGGAAUAAAACACCUUGGGUCGGGACAUGCUGUUCCUGAUUAAAUAAACCCCCCAAAACAAAACAAUAGAAACCAUCACAGAGACUCUAAUGGUUUUCAAUACAAAUACCAUUACAAACCAUCAACUGUUAACCAUUAAAACCAUAGCAGGAUGUAUUACGGAUGUAGGUCGUUAAUGGUAUCCACUAGACAUAAUGUCACCAAUAAAAGGUGACAAAUUACCCUUAGAGUCCCACAGGAAGCAUUACAGUGUCCAUUAAAACCAUUGCAAAGUCGAUGAGGGUUUCUGUUGGGUUUUUUUUUUCUCUCUCUCUUUCUUUUUUAAGCAGGGGUUAUAGGAAAAUAAACAUCCUAUGGGUGGAAAUAGGAAGAUAGGAAGUCGGGCCACAUGACAGCACGCCGUCGUUGAUUAUUUUCCUCUACAGCCCAUGCAAAAGCAGUUAGGCAGGUAAUGACUAUAGAGUUGGAGCGUUUACAGGAUGAAUGAAAUACAUUUCCCAUGAACACCAGGGGGAGGAAAGGCACCUGUCUCUCGCGCUGGGAUCUUGUUACAGGAGUGCAAAAGUUCAGCUCGGUUUUGCAGCAGAAGUUUUUACAGCACUACAGGCAGGACAGGAACAUCGGAGCGUUUAAAAAGGAAAGAACAAGGGAAACGCAGGUAAUCUCUCGCGCGUGCAAAGUGCAGUCUGAUUAACAUGCUUCACUUCAUGAAGAUCCGCCAGCUGAGAGAGUGCGUGGCGUUCCUGCGGGGUCAGACGGUCGGGGUGAGUGGGAAUGGGAAUGUGAUCACCCCAAGCAGACUGAUGUCCAGCAAAACAUACAAUGUUCCUCCGAGCAGCGAGUUUGUCGCGCGCGUGUCAGGAAUCGCCACCAUGGCCAAGUUACCGUAUCAGGACACAGCCGAGGGUCUGGACGCAGCCUUCAUCGGAGUACCCAUCGACACCGGGACCUCCAACCGACCUGGAACCAGGUUUGGCCCUCGGCAGAUCAGAGCCGAAUCGUUCAUGCUGAGGAACUACAGUGGCACGGGAGCUGCACCCUAUGAGUCCAUGAUGGUUGCAGAUAUUGGUGACGUCAACGUGAACUUGUAUGACCUAAAGGACGCCUGCAGACGGAUUCGCGAGGCUUAUCGCAAAGUGGUGGCUACAGGCUGCAUACCGCUUACGCUGGGGGGCGAUCACACAAUCGCGUACCCGAUUCUACAGGCCGUGGCAGAAAGACAUGGUCCGGUGGGUCUGGUCCAUGUGGAUGCUCAUGCUGACACGGGUGAUAUGUCCCUGGGGGAGAAGAUCACUCACGGCACACCGUUCAGGCGCUGUGUGGAGGAGGGACUGCUCGACUGUAAACGUGUGGUUCAGAUUGGCCUCCGAGGCACUGCCUAUACGCCCGACGCCUAUGCGUGGAGCAGAGAACAGGGUUUCCGUGUAGUGCGGGUGGAGGAGUGUUGGUACAAAUCUCUGGUGCCACUCAUGACGGAGGUUCGGGCCCAAAUGGGUAAAGGGCCUGUUUACCUCAGUUUCGAUAUCGACGCUUUGGAUCCUGCGUUUGCUCCAGGCACUGGAACACCUGAGAUCGCAGGCCUCACACCUAUUCAGGGACUGGAGAUCGUUCGUGGAUGUCGAGGUUUGAAUCUCGUUGGCUGUGACUUGGUGGAGGUUUCCCCACCGUACGACACUACGGGAAACACUGCUCUGACUGCCGCCAACCUGCUUUUUGAAAUGCUUUGUGUCCUUCCAAAGACAAAACACUACUGAUUACGAAGAAAUGUUUACAGUGACUGAAUAAUUCGGUUUUAAGGAUCAUAAAAACUGAUUUCUGUUUAUGCUGUAGCACUUUUUGGUCCCGCAGGCCACGUGAGCACUUAAAUGAUGAGUCAUUGCAAUGAGUUGUGCCAUUAAUGAACGUGUUGUUAUGAAAUUCAAGUCACUUUAUGUGGGGGUGGGGUUUUUUUGUUGUUGUUGUUUUUUUGGCUUUGCAGUAACAAAUUGCAUGGGAAUCUCUAAAGACUUGCAGGGUUGGGAGGGUUACUUUAAAAAUGUAUUCAGUUACAAAUUAAUUUUUAAUGUAAUCAGUAACGUAAUCCAAGUAUCACAAUAUGAAAGUAAUGUAAUCUGAUUCUUUUCGGAUUCAAGGUCACAUAUGUAAAUAAAGUCAAGACAAAAGCAA